CAUACAUAUGUCAAGGUGUAGCAAAUAGCAGAGACAGGGGAUGGAUAUAUGGCACCUUGCUCACAGUCAGGAUCCCAGAGCCUCACGGUGUCCUGUUUCAGAUGAGCCAGCUCACUGACCCCAGCAGGCUGCUGUGGGUCACCCAGGUCAGGCUGCGCUCCAGUGGAGGCUGAAGACAGCCCCCUCCUGUGUAAUAAGUGCUGUACAUGCGUCACGGUUAACAUGACACCUCCCUUCCUUCACUCUCUCUCUUGGCUCGUCUCUGCUUCCUUCUCAGAUCUGCGGCUGCUGGUUUUGUUACACUCCUGGGCCCCCGGCUUGGGCUCGCCACCUGCCCUGCCCUGCUCCUACCACCAGGGGGCGCUGUCCAUGCGGGUGUCCCGCAAGGGCCAGACGGUCAGUGCACUGGAGGCUGACUGGCUUGAGCUGACCGCUGCCUACUACCGCAAGGGCUGGUCCUUGGUGGACUCCUUCGUGUACUGGGACACCCCAAGAGGAGAGCCUGUGCCACGCUCGCUGGAGGGGCUGUUUGUGUACGAGGAGCCGGGCCCCAGCCUCACGCCCCCAGUGGCCAACGACACCAUCGUGGUGGAGCAGUGGACGGUCAUCGAGGGGUCAGAGGUGAAGGCAGACUAUGGGCCCCUGAUCCACACGCUGGCAGAGUUCGGCUGGCUGCUCACCUGUGUGCUGCCCACUCCCAUCAUCCGGCACGACAGUGAGGGGAACCUGGCUACCAAGCAGGUGGUCUUCCUGCAGAGACCCGUCAGGUGCUCCGAGCCCCCUCCACGGCGGCCCCAGGCCGGCUCUCCCUGCAGCGAGGCGUCUGCCCAGCCGAUGAGCCCCGGAGACGGGGCGCUGCAGGCGGAGGACCUCUCUCCCUGCUCCGGAGUCACAGGAGGAUUCCCGGGGUUCGGAGGGGGUUACCCCAGUGUCCUCACGGAGCUGGAAGAAGGGGGCUUCGAGCAGGACGAGGGGGUGGCGCAGGUAACCUGUAUGUGACCCCUCCCCCACCCCCCCUCUUCUUCCUCCCCCCCCAACACGAACGUGCUGACAGAUGGAGACACCCCGGGAGCCCCCAGUCCCUCGCCUGUGCCCCAUGCUGUCACCCGCAGUACAGGCAGGGGGCGCUCUCCGGAGGGUUAGCCUGCCGGGACUGACCUGCACGAUGUCGGCACGGCAUUUUCGGAGGGGGCGGCGGCAGCCGUGAUGCUGAAGUGCGUCUGGAAGAGCAGGUCGUUCAAAGGUUCCCUCCAGCGGCGCUAAGGAAAGAGGAGAAGGUGCACAGCCUGCCUGACACUCACACGGACGCACAGAGGAGCUGUGCUUUCCUCUGGCCGUGAAGCGAUCGCCCGCGGCGCACAGCUCCCCGCGAGAUCCGCCCAGGGGACAGGCAGCUUUCACUGUCCUCGUUACAAUGUCCAGCGUUUAAGCA